AUGAGCGUCGCUAAUACAAAGCGAGCAUUCUGGGUGCCCACAGACCCACCGGUUUCUUUGGCCAACAAAUUCUCCUUUUAUGUUUGGGUUGUAAUGAUUGGAUUUGCCCAGUUAUGGAGAGAUCUCAAGACAUGGACAUGGUAUCGCCCAUUACACUUUCAAGACAUCGCAAACCAUUACUUUUACAUUCCGAUCGGCCGUGAAGACGUACGCAUCCUUCUCAGCGCGCCUAAUGAUCGUGUGUUGAUGAAAACGAUCCCAAAAGCAAUAUCACAAGACUACAAUGUUAAGAAGAUGUUGUCUUAUCCCGAACGCGAGAUAGUCAACGCGGGAUCUAAUAACUAUGGCGGUUUCACACGGUUCGAGUAUAGCAGUGCAUCUGUUAUCAAACUAGCUCUACAGCAUCUUCCAUUCAAUCCAGCGCCUCCAGAGCUCAGAAUGCUUGCAGAGAAGGAGUUAGCUGAUUACAUGAAUGCCAAGGCUUGUGCUACUGCAAUAUCUGGCUAUGGGGCAAAUCUGCUAGCAUUUCUCACCUUCGCUGAAACAGCAAAGGAACUUGGGCGCCAAUGCAUUUUCCUGCUUGACGCCGAAUCCCAUAGCUCAAUGUUCGUCGGGGCCUUCCUAAACAAGCAGGCGACCUUUUACCGGUUCAAACACAACGAUGUUGCAGACCUAGAAUUCAAAUUGAGGACUUUGAGAGAGAAUAAUUCUAACGCCAUGGUGUGUGUUGCUGUCGAAGGCAUGUAUAGUCUGGCUGGGAACGUGGCUCCAGUGCCUACGAUCCUCGCCCUGAGAAAGAUUUUCAGAUUCUGCCUCUUGGUCGACGAAGCUCACAGCUUCAUGGCACUAGGUCGCGGGGGCCGCGGUUCUUUCGAGUGGUGGCAAGCGCGCGGCUAUGACUGUCCUCUUAAUGAAGUGGAUAUCAUGACUGCAACAUUUUCAAAGAGCGUUGGAUGUACUGGUGGAUUUGUUGUGUCGAAUGGUAUCUAUGCCACCGUUUUACAGAAACAGUCAAGUCUCCAACAUGAGGCAGGCGAUGAGACACUCUCUACGAUCGUGUUACUGAGGGCACUGACUCUAAUUCGAAAGCCUGAGUUUAUAGAGAGCAGAAUGUCCACGCUAGAAAAAAAAUCCCGCUAUGUCGCAGACCGGCUCCGCGAAUCCGGAUGCAUAGUUCUUUCCCCGCCUGGGUCACCCAUCAUCUGUUUUCCUGUUGGUAGUUUCUACACUGUAGGUACUAUUGAGAAGGCGUCUAAAUUUCACGCCGAAUUACUUCAACGCGGUUUUGCAAUCGCCUGCGGUGUCCCUCCGGCUACACCUAUCUGGUCAUGUCGGAUCCGCGUAUGUAUUUUCGCCACGACUUCUUGGAGUGAUAUUCUCGGUUUGGUGAAUGCACUUAUCACGGUCUCAUGUUUGCUCAAAAUUGACGGAGUACGACCCAUCGGUUUCGAUAUUGGAAGCCUCCCCAGCGACGGCCUAAAAGAAAGAACAACAGCAGGAGAGAACCAUGUCGUCGAUUCAGCUCUUCAAAAAUAUGUCCUGGACCUGGCUGCAAAGUAUCCAGCGAAUGGAUCCAAGACUAUAGCACCUCUCACUCUGAGCCAGGUCUGUGACGUUUCUGAGGCUGGUUUGCAGUCUUUCGACAAGUACGGCAUUGGUGCUUCUUCUGUCAGAUGGUUUUAUGGCACGUUUGACGUCUUCAUUAAACUAGAAGACCGACUUGCGAGCCUUUAUCCUUCUCUUAUUUCUUUUUCAGGAAACUGCCGAGCAAUGCUAGGAUCCGAUGCAAACGUUAUGGCAAUCUCAUUGCUUAGCGCCACAACAGCCCCUUUGUAUGCAAAAGAUGUUCUGAAUGUAGUACUGGUUCCGCAAACUGCAUCUUCAUCUGUUAGAAGAGGGGCAACGCUUGACAAGGUCCAGUCUUCGACCCGUGUUAUUAUAUACGAUGACAUGAAGAAUCUAGCAGUACAAGUUCGCGAUCUGCACAAAACCCGAGCCUUCCAUCUCACACUGUACCAAGAGACAGUUUCAAGAGACGGCUCUCUCUUAGAUCUCUCUAACAGUAUCAAGCUCAUCUUAUCAGCAUUUCAAGACAUCUCCAGUCUAAAAGGGCUGACGUUGAUCCUGGAUGACAGCCGAGGGCUUGGAAAGGUUGGACCUCGGCACCUUGGAUUCUUAGACGAAAUGGAGUCCCAACAUGGAACCACGUUCUUCUCAAAAACGCUAGGCCCACAGCUAGCAGCUGUAACGACAGUGGUCGUCUUUGGAUCGUGGUUUGAGUCGUUUCACCAUCAGGGCGGCUAUGUCAUUAGUAGCCAAACGUUCACCGAUUCACAUACAGUCAGUUCAAAGAGCUUCGUCUUUUCAACUCCGCCGAUGAUUGUCCAAGCUGCCAUGUCGGACAAAGCGCUGGAGCUUUUAUCGCAAAGAGACUAA